AUGAUCCACGGCCUCGGAUUUGGUGCCCGCUCAACACCAGUAUCCCUCGCCACGUCAUGGAUGGACACCCGCCACAGCGGCACCCUCUACAGCGCCGUAUUCCUCGUUCAACAAAUCGGCAUGCUAAUAGGGGAACCGCUCAUCCAGACCCUACUCGGCGCCAGCAUUAGGUUCCACGAUCCUUGGAGAGGCCUGCCGUUUCUCAGCGUAGGUGAAUUCAUUGGCGUCCUUGAAGACUUUUUAGGAGUCAAGAGAACCCCAUUCAGCUUCGCCGAGGAGUGGAAGAAGAACCCCCCCAAGAAAGCCGGUGGUGUGCCAUUGCUGAAGUACACCGAAAAGAGUGCGUUCUGGGCAUUAUGCUACGACUAUUAUCAUGGGUUCGAUGAUUUUCGUGCUGAAUACAGAGCGAAGUUUGGCAAAGACGCGUUUGUCAGCUCGGUUGUCCGUUUCCGAUGGGGUAUCGGGAAAGAGGUCACCCCGGAAGAGUACGAGACAUACUUGGAGGAGCUUGCGGUCUUCAGGGACUGGGUCAGCGACUUGGUCCUGGGCCCAGACUCAGAUACCCUUUCCAACGCCAUCCUCAUCAUGCCGUACGGAGAAGCUGGCCCGGAAUAUCGCGAUGAUCCAAGCCCACCAGCUGGCACUUUCCCAACGAUCGCAGAGAAGUUCAUAUCGCCUAUUAUCCACGCUCCUCAGCUUGUGCUGCCAUGGAGCGACCUAAUGCUCAUUGAGCUUGCGAGAGCGGCGUUAAACAAGGCUUCAUGGCCCACUAGCAUCCAAACCGGCCGCUACAUGUACCCUCUUGGCGAUGACUCAAGGAACGUAGGUUCACCAAACGACAAAGCUGGUAUCAGUUAUGAGACUCGACGGAAAGGGCUCCAAGAAAUUCACGACGGGUUUGAGCAUAGCGGCGAGACUAGUUCGGUGAGGAUAGAGCUGUGUCUUGCCGAAUGA